UAAGUCGCGAGCAAGUUGUCCAGUCUUGUUGCAGAUGAUUGAUAAUCACAGUGGUCAGAGGCCUCAUUAGAUAAAGAGAAAUGGCAUAAGUGUAGGAAGAUAAGUAAUGCGUUCACGAUCUUCAUCUCUUUCAGUCGUGUGUAUCUUCGAGGAGCGAUACGUGCAUGCAAUAUGUUAAUCUAUUCGUUACUCGCGUCAAUAGUUUUUUUUUCUGGAUCUUUAACAGUUUUCUGUAAGAAUACAAAUUCAAAUGAAAUAUGUACAGUAUUUCAGAAUACUCUGAGUCAUAUUAAGCCUCGGAUUUCAUCGGAAGAACAAGCUAAUGCAGCAGCAGGUGUCGUUGAAAGAUUAUUGGGAACUGAACGUGCUAAAAAUUUCGUAAUGAUGGUGAAUCCUAAUUUUACUUCUCCUGGAAAAGAUUAUUUUUUGAUAAAGAAAAAUUCCAUGGGUCAAGUCGAAAUCCUUGGCACUUCUGGUGUGGCUACAACUUGGGGUCUACACUAUUAUCUCAAAACCUAUUGCAACGUCCACGUUUCAUGGGAAGGAAAUCAAGUUGAACUUCCUGAUACCUUACCUGAUGUUCGUGUAAAAAUCAGCUCUAAUGAUAGGUUUAGAUAUUAUCAGAACGUGUGUACUUUGGGUUACACUUCUGCAUGGUGGCAGUGGGAAGAUUGGGAAAAAAAUAUCGAUUGGAUGGCUCUUAAUGGAAUCAAUUUGGCGCUUGCUUUUACUGGACAAGAAGCUAUCUGGGAGAAAGUCUAUCUUCAAUUGAAUUUUACUAUAGAGGAGAUUAAUGAACAUUUUGGAGGGCCAGGAUUUUUACCAUGGUCUAGAAUGGGCAAUAUGCGAGGAUUUGGAGGACCUUUAAACUCGAACUGGCACGAAAAAUCGAUUCGAUUACAGCAUCGAAUUCUUGAGAGGAUGAGGGCAUUAGGAAUCAUACCUGUUCUGCCUGCUUUCGCGGGUCACGUGCCUAGAGCCUUCCUCAGGCUAUUUCCUAAAGCUAAUGUAACCAAAAGUGCGGUUUGGAAUAACUUUUCAGAUAAAUAUUGUUGCCCUUAUCUUUUGGAGCCUACAGAUCCUCUGUUCAAAGAAAUCGGACAACAAUUUUUAAAAACAUACAUCGAAGAGUUUGGGACUGAUCAUGUUUACAAUUGUGACACUUUCAAUGAAAACGAACCUUAUACCAGUGAACUCAAAUUCCUGAGGAACAUAGGACACUCAAUUUUCGAAGCUAUGAACAACGUUGACUCAAAAGCGAUAUGGUUAAUGCAAGGAUGGUUGUUUUAUCACGAUUCUGUUUUUUGGACAGAGCCAAGAAUUCGUACAUUUUUAACCUCAAUCCCAUUGGGAAGAAUGAUAGUGCUGGAUCUUCAAUCAGAACAAUUUCCACAAUACAAGAGAUUAAACUCUUAUUAUGGUCAGCCAUUUAUCUGGUGCAUGUUGCACAACUUUGGUGGCACCCUUGGAAUGUUUGGUUCUGCUGAAAUUAUUAAUCAUCGAGUUUUCGAAGCUAGAAAUAUGAAUGGCAGUACAAUGGUUGGGACAGGUCUAACACCGGAAGGUAUAAACCAAAAUUACGUCAUCUAUGAGUUGAUGAACGAGAUGGCUUAUCGUAAAAAACCCGUCAACUUGGAUAAAUGGUUCGAAAAUUAUGCCAAUCGAAGAUAUGGCGAUAUCGAAGGGAACGAAUACACUGUUACAGCAUGGAAAGGUUUUAAGAACACGGUGUAUAAUUUCUCAGACACCAGGAGAAUUAGAGGGAAAUACGUGAUUACCAUUCGACCAAAUUUAAAUUUCUUCCCAUGGAGAUGGUAUAAUAAAGAUGCAUUUAUCUACUACUGGUACGUGUUGCUACAAGCGAGAGACUUGAAACGAAAUAGCACCCUUUAUCGACACGAUGUUGUUGACGUUACUAGGCAGGCACUUCAACUGAUAGCUGAUGAAAUUUAUACUGAUUUGAUAGAAUCAUUCGAUAAGAAGAAUAUAGAUUUGUUCAAGCAAAAUGCCAAGUUGUUGCUGGCAUUAUUUGAUGAUCUUGAGGAGAUUUUAGCAUCGAGUGAAGAUUUUCUAUUAGGAAAAUGGUUGAAAAUGGCGAAAGAUUUGGCUACUAAUGAUGAAGAAGAGAUAUUGUACGAGUACAACGCGAGAAAUCAGAUUACAUUGUGGGGACCAUUAGGAGAGAUAAGGGAUUAUGCAAAUAAACAGUGGUCAGGAAUUGUGGUGGAUUAUUUCAAGCCCCGUUGGGCUAUUUUCUUGAACGAACUUGAAACUAGUUUGACCACUGGAAAGAGAGUGAAUAUGACGAAAAUUAAUGAGCAGAUAUUCGAAAAUGUUGAGAAAGCUUUUACGUUCUCUAGAAAAAUUUAUCCAACAAAAGCAACAGGUGAUUCAAUUGAUAUAGCUGAAAGAAUUCUAUCCGAAUGGUACGAUCCACAUCUUCCGUUUCAUAAAACUUUUCGUCAUAACUAUAAACAGUAUUGGUCGAAUUCUUACUAAUCACAUCGAUUAUAAAACUAAAAUUAUUAAAAUAUCUAAGAAAUAAUAUUAUUGUAAAUAUAUUUUUAAUAAAAUUGUGAUGAAAUUUAUAAAAAUUUAUAAGAAAAAAAAA